UCUACAAUCCCGGAGCAACUAGUCUCCUUGGCCACCAUCAAAUAUCUGGGCUAUAAUGAUGAUUCGGCAGCCAAGAUUUGGCAUGAUUGGACUGCCCCAAUUCCCCAGGGUCAACCAAUCCCUGACACGGACCCGAUAUUCGAGAUGCCCUUCCUUGAUCCCAUCAUUGGCUUCUCGUACGGCCGCAAGGAACUCGACACUUGGGAUGAGGAUGACCAGAAGUGGUUCGAGUGCAUGACUCGAUGCGGCAUCAACGCAGAAACGCAAGCUGCCAUAAUGGACCCCGUGUUCAGAGAUAUUCGACUGACUCAAACGUGUCUGUUUUGGAUACGGGACACGAUCGAGACCAGGUGGGAUGCACUUCGGAUGAUUCAAAGGGCCCCAAUGCAGAGAGAGGAAGAGAUUCUCGGGGCAGCUCGAUGUUCUAACGGCUCCCCUGCUUCUCAAACCAUUCGGUCUACUCCCGGAACCUCAGAGCAGCAUACGGCGCUGUCAGAGGCUGCUCUUCAAAACGCACCGGGCUCUCUAACCCUGUAUCGGGGCAUGAGCCAGGCUCGCGCGGAAAACUUGUUCGACGAAGAUGGCACCGUCGCGAUUCAACGCCUUGUUUCGCGACCGCCAACAGACUUUUGUUCCGACGAUUCUGCAUAUUACUUCGCCGUUGACCGAGAUGUCGCGAUACGGGACGCCUGCUGGACGCGGCGUCGGGGCAAUGAUACCAGUGUCGUUAUCGUCCACGUCGAAAUCCCGACCGCAUGCGUCGAAAGACUGUCCGGCUCAGAGGUCCUACGCGUCUACUGGCCCAGUGAAGAGUGGAAAAGACUGAUAUGGAUCUGCCGGAACGAUCACACAUUUCCCUCUGCCCUCGUCAAGUACAAGCGGGCUACACUGAUCAUCGGAACUAUUGCGGGUAAGCCGAACGAAGUGUACAUGAACAUGAAUACCAGUAGCCACCAGCAGAUUACCGAAAAGCAUGUUCUUAAGAAUCAAGCGGGAGGAGAUGCCGUCCAAUACGUUUUCCGGAACCCUGAGGGAAGGCGACUGCUGGCUGAGAAUGCCGGCUUUAAGGUAUAUAACUUACCUAGCGGGGAGUAU